CUCCCACUUCUCCUUCUUCACAUUUUCCUUUUUAUUUCUCUCUCUCUCUCUGAUUUUUUUGGGUUCUCUGAAUCUGAAGAUUCAAUCCUUUAAUAGCGUCAAGAUAUUAUUUUAUGGUAUUCAUGGAUGGUUAUAGAGGAAGCGAGAGACGAACGAGUUCCGAAACGUCUGAGUUAACUGGUUACGAGUCAGGCGAGUUGGCUCAACAGGAUUCACCGGUGAUAGCAUCUAUGGCUUCAGAAUGGACGGAUGAGAAGCAUAAUCUUUAUCUGAAAUCCAUGGAGGCGUCGUUUGUUAAUCAGUUGCACAAUUCGAUGGAUCUUCUUGGUUGGCGGUCCCUGAAGGAAGGGUCGGUUCCAAAUUUGUCCAGGGAAGUCAAUUGUCGCACCUGUACUCCUUCUGGCGAGUUUAAGGUUCUUCGACGUGGGAACUGGCAGAAAAUCAAUUUCCGAAGGCCUGAUUCACAAAUAAGCUCGGCAAAGGAGUCCCGUGGCUUUUUAACAAGUCCGUGGAUUCAGCACUUUACAUCUGUAAGAAAACCAGAAGUUGUAGCAUCUCCUACUCUUCAAGAAUGCGCUAACCAAAGUCGAGCAACCAUAUCAAAUGGGAAGAAGGCAAUGCUCUGCUGUCCAGAAAUUAGUUCAAAACAUUAUCAUUUAAGCAACUCCUUUUCAUGUCGUCAUGAUUUGGUUGACAGCAACACAGAGAUGUCAGAUCAGAACUUUGUUGAUGAAGAUAUCAAAGGUGAAAAGGCAAGCAGUUCAUUGAGUUCAAAAAAGAUGAAAACUCUGAAAACUGAUGCCUCAGGUAGUGACCAGGUAAUCUUUAAAUUUGAGUCACCCUUUCAUUUGAACUCUAGCUCACAACAUAAUUGCAGGAUUGUAGUCUCAGUUCAGCCCUCCCGUUAACUGCUAUUACAGGUUGUUCCCCACGGCAAGCCUCCUGUGGCAGAAGAGGUUACUGAGGAGUGUAUUUCUGCAGCAAAAUAGAUGACUUGCACUACUGAUUAGCAAGUCGCUGGCUUGUGUGACUAACUUUCUAACCCUUGAAGUGACUGGAUAAGCAUAUUUUUUUCCCUUUUGAAUUGAGGGGGGAGGGAGAUACAGUGAGGCAGUGCUAAACCUGGUUACAGCAAACAACAACUGGCAUUCAUUUGAUGCUGAUGCUACGAAGACAGGGGAGAUGGAGGAAUACUCUCUUGCUGUGGCUACUAAUCUUUAUCUGCUUAUAAGUUUUUAAAUGUUUUGUGGUAGUUGUAUAUGUUGCAAGUCAGUUAUUUGAAAUGUUGACACAAAGUUAGCUAAUUUUGCACAACAAUUAAGGUUUGUAUCUGAGCUAUGAUGAUAGUUAUUGAAGUCGGAGGGUUGAGUUUUUUCUU